UGUGCGCGCAUGCGCAGUGCUACAGUUGGACGCGCGAAUAUUCCGUUUGUAAGAUGGCGGUGUGAGCGCGCGGCCUGCUGCAGCUGCUGAGAUUCCUGCGAACAUCACGGCAGACAUUUGAUAUUGUGUGUUUGGCGCGAACGGCUGGCGGGAAACUCUGUAAGCUAAAUGUCGGCAGUGUUUGUAUUUGACAGUUAAGUUGUGAUGGCCAAGCGUAUUGCAGACAACGAGCUGACGGACAGAAACUGGGAUCAGGAAGAAGGAGGAGAAGAGGCUGGAAUGUUUUCGGUUGCAAGUGAAGAUGUGAUUAAAAAUCGUGCCAUCAAGAAGGCGAAGCGUCGUAACGCAGGCACAGAGGGAGAGAGUGGAGGGGCUUUUAAAGUGUUUAAGGGAUUCUCACUGACCCCAGUAGUAGCAGGGGCGACAUCUUUCUCUGGUUUUGGUAACGGAGCUGGAUUCAAACCUCUCUCCAGCCAGACCAAUGGCAGCAUGGCAUCAGCUGCUUCAUCAUUUGGGGGGUUUAACACUCCUACAUCUGCUAAGCUCAACAGCGGUUCCUUAACAUUCAACAGUUCCACCCCCUCCAAACCCCAAGAUGCUGAUGUCACAUCUAAUGGCUCCGCCCCCAGCAGUAAAGAAUACAACCGCCAGCUCACAGCUCUCAACUGCUCCGUACGCGACUGGAUCACCAAGCAUGUCAACGACAACCCCCUGUGUGACCUAAACCCCAUCUUCCGUGACUACGAGCGGCACCUGGCCAGCAUUGAGAGGAAAUAUGGCAGUGGCGCAUCGGAUGGUGGUGCAGAGCGCGUGUCGUUUGGUGGGGAGCAGAAGCGGCUUGUGUCGAGCAGCACAGCAGCAAGUGUGACAUCGACCAUGUCUUGCAGCAGUGCAGCUUCUCUGCUCUUCUCAUUUAAGGAUAAGGAUGGUGCCAAUGCAGAGAAACCAGCAGCAGCGCAAGCACCAGGUGCAAUUCCUGCUGGCGUCUCCUUUAAUUUUGGGCAGAAGUUGGACAGCUCUGUUCUUGGCACACUGGCGUCUAGUGGAGCUUCAUCUUUCUCUUCCUCAUCUGUGUUUGGAGCUGCGGUCAGUAGUAGCAGUUCUGCAGUUUCAUCUUCUCUUAAUGCGGCCAGCAACAGUCAGACUGCAGAUGAGAACGGAGAAGAAUCAGACGAGCCGCCCGUCCCUGUGGUUAAGGAAAUCAAGGAGAAAGACGCCUUCUACUUUAAAAAGUGUAAGUUGUUUUAUAAGAAGGACGGUGAGUUUAAGGAGAAAGGAGUUGGUACGCUGCAUUUGAAGAUUGUGUCUGAGAAUAAACUACAGCUGUUAGUGCGAGCUGACACCAACCUGGGAAACAUCUUGCUGAACAUCAUGGUGCCAUCCUCCAUGCCCUGCUCACGAACUGGCAAAAACAACGUGAUGGUGGUGUGUGUGCCAAAUCCUCCAGUGGACGAGAAGAACCCCAGCACGCCUGUCCCAAUCCUCAUACGCGUCAAAACGGCAGAAGAUGCCGACGAACUGCAUCAAAUCCUGCAGGAGAAGAAAGCUUGAACUGUCUUCACCCGUCCUCAUGUCCGUGUGUUUGACAAUGAGACUUGAACAACCUGGUUACGUUACAUUACUCUUGAGUUACUCGCUCUUCUAUAAAAGUGACGGGAAGAUAUCUGUUCACAUACUGUGAAAUCACUCAUGGUUCUACUGUAACGCUCAUUUGAGUAGCGCACUUUUUUUUUCAGUGUAUUAUCACACUCAAGUCUGGAUUUAUGAACAUUCCUUUAGAUUUUUUAUUUAGCUGCUAUUUAAAGGAAAGUUCACCCAGGAAUGAAAAAUCAGCCAUUUACUCAUGUUGUUCCAAACCAGUAUGAACAUGAGGAUUUUAUUCUCAUAGUGACCACGUCUUUCAAGCUCCAAAGCUUCACUACACGUUUAUGUACAGAUCAAAAACAUCAUUUGACACUACUAUUCAUGCGAAAAAUCAAGUGUUCCUAUAGUGUGCCCUUUUUCUUCAUUUCGGAUGCGAUUAUCAGUAAAUGAGCCACACACUCAAAUGUAUCCCAUGAUUCCAGGAGUUUGGGAUUAUGACGCCAGUAAUGAGACUUUGACAGUAAGAUAUCUUUUGUUCUUUUUGGAGCUUGACAUUUGUAGUCACUAUGAACAGUGAAAUAAUUUAGCUAGGACAACAGUAAAUACAGGUUUGGAACAACAUGAGGGUGAGUUAAAGAUGAUUUUUGGGGUAAAGUGUUCUUUAAAGGGAUUAUUUGAAGUGUAGACUGUUUUAUGUGGAUCACUUUGAUUCAUUUUUAAUUCUUUGAUGUUUUUCUCAUCAGAUUGGGUCUGUAAGUAUGGUGUGAGUUCUGUACAGUUUUCCAUGCUUGCACAUGUCACUAAAGGUUUAGAGGUCAGUACUAAACAUCCUGAUAUCUUGAUUUGCUGGUAUCAUUUUUUCCAGUUGAGAGCAAAAGUAUGCAUCUGAGAGUUACAUUGCUGUUAUCAAGUUUAAUUCCCCACAGUUUUUGAUUUGAGAGUCAGAAAUACUCAGUUAUUUCUUGUUGCUGUUUUUGAUGCAUUUGCGGUGUUCUUCAAUAUUUAUUGCAUAUAAGGAUUUUGCGUGAUGUACGUGAACCCUGUAAAUGACUCCUCGCCCUUGAAUGACCUGAUGUAUGUAAACGAGUGAUUGCCGUCGUCAAAAUGAUCUCUGUAACUUGAUGUUUCCUUUAAGUGACCUUUUUACUGCCUUACACGUGGUGUUUAAGUGUUGAACAACACUAGAUCUACCUUACAUUCAUUGACUGGUAAAUAAAUCAAAUGAA